AUGUUUAUUUUCCCACAAUUGACAUUCAUCUUUUUAUAUAAAAUCCAAAAAAUUCCAAAAACGAAAAAUGUUGGGAAAUGGGCAAAUCACACCGAUUUUAUAGUCAGAAUUCAAACCAACCACUAGCAGCAGAUUUUAGUUUAGAAGAGCAGAUGAUUCCGCGUGUGCAGAGCAACUACCAUUUUGGUACUAACUCGGAAUCCAAUCGAGCCUAUGUGCGGUACAUGAGAACCCUGGUCCGAGUGCAAGGUUCCAUACACAGAAGGUUCCAUAACCGAAGUUCUCGAACUUCUCAGGCCCACCACAGUCGUAUAUCUGCUGGUGGCUCCGACAAAAACUCGGAUAAAUCUUCUCAGGAACUUAAAAGUAAUUCUCAAUGCUCUUUAAAUAAUAAGCCUGUGGAAUCUUCCGGUCAGGCUUGUGAUAAACCUUCAAAAAAAUCUGAAAGCAGUUCCUGUUCAAAGCCGGAACCCGUUAAAUCGCCAUGCUGCGAUGCACCUGAGAAGCAGCGCAAAUGUUGUGUAUCCUUCGAACAGCCCUUGGCCACAGAAAUUCCGGUUUCCGAUCCCCCCUUCCGGGACUGCCCACGUGCGGAGCCCGAUGAUAGCCAUCUGCCUAUUAUAGGUGUUUGCUGCGGUCAGGAACCAUUUAGGGAAAUCCAAAAAACUUAUACCGCUGAAACGGCUAAAGAUUAUCCACCUCAGAGGACAACGGAAAGGCGACGAUGUUGCAGUAGACCCAUAAUUGUUGUGCCCACGGGAGAAGGAACUAGGAGAAAGGCACACCCUCAACCGAAUUCGAAAGUUGUUACCCAGGAUCACCCCAAAUCUUCACCAACUUCUAAGCCAAAUAGUCAAAAUCAAUCCAAGCCCCAGUCUCCUGAUAAGUCCCAUAAUCCCCCACCAUAUACCGAAAAAUCAUCAGUGGAGCAACAGACAACAUGUCCGAUUUGCAAUCAAAAUUACCCUGCUCAUUCCAAAUGCCAGUGCUCGGUUAAGUUUGAAAAUUCCCCUUCAGUGGAGAAACCCCAUUGUUCUUCGGAACCACCGCCAUGUAGCAACUGCCCAGCCAUAUCUGAUAUAUCCAAGCAGUUAAGUGAGAUGAAUCGCCGAUUGGAGGGUCUUCAGUGUCAGGAACUGUUCGACAUUCGCAACCAGGUGGAUAGCCUCAAUGCCAGUGUUCAAUCGUUGACCAGUAAGUGUGUCGAGACGAAGGGUCCCCCGAAAAAGCUGGAGAGGAAGCCCUCGAGCACCUGUCAGUUCUGCCGGGGACAGAGCUUGACCCAGCUUGAUAGUUUCCAUUGCCAGCUAAUGGACUUGAUUGGCAAUCGCUGCCUUACCGAUAUCGUAAUAUCCAUAUUCCUGCGAGCAGAUAAUCUGUAUCAUGUGAAUGUCAGGGAUCUGAGCUCGGGAUGUUCUCUGGGAUGUUUCCUGGUCACCGAUGCCGCCAUCGAGGAGGCCAUUGAGUUGGGCGUGUUCCAGGAAAUACUCACCUUCAGUGUGAUCGAUGUGCGGAAUACCAUCAAGCCGAAGAGCUGCCCCUUGGGCAUAUCCUUUGAGUUCCAUCACGCGGAUCGCCAGAGCGGUGGUUGCGAUCACAAAGCUCGUGGGGAUUGCAUGGUGGGUAAGGACUAUGUGGCCAGGGUCUUGGGUCUUCCCCUAGAGCAGCUCAAGUAUGUGUACUCCGUUCCCCAGGAACGCAGCGAUAGUAAGUCCAAAAAAUCCAGCAAACACUCAAGCAACAUAGUCCCUGGCAUUUCAUCGCGUUCAACAUCGAAACAGUCGAGAUUCGAAGGCGAAUCAAGGUCGAGCAGUAGGAAUGCUGUCCAGGAAAUCGCCACUAUCGAUGAACAAUUAAUUUCAACCGAUGACGAAGACAAAAAUCUAUUGAGCGAUUUGGAAACGUCCUCACUAUCAGGGGUUGGUUUCCAUGUGAAAAAAUCUAAGAAAAUAUGUGACCUCCGAAAAAUAGCGCCUACUAGAAACCAAAACUAUUUUAUUAACCAAUUUCAUAAAAAGAAUAUUACAAGACUAAAGAUUUAGUGAGACCCAUCCAAA